GCUCAAUCUUUUCUCCGAGCUGCCGCGUGUAUUUUGAUAUUUUCCAGCGCGCGUGGCCACGGGAGUCCGCCACACCAGAGGCGAUCACCAGAUGCAGUGGAGCUGGCCGGCCAGGGUGGACGCGAUCGCGGGGCGCUACGGAGACUGCCUGGGGGCCACAGACGACACCGGCGCGGAGGUCACCUGGAAGCAGCUGAGGCAGCUGUCGGAGGCCGUGUCCCAGGCCCUGCUGCGCAGGGGCCUCUCGGCCCGCCCGAGCUCCGUGUAUCCGUCGUUCGAGGGCGAGGUGGUAGCCGCUCCGACUCCAGUGUGCGUUAUGAUGCCGCACACCGUGGAGGCGCUCGCCGUGAUCCUCGGCGUGCUGCGGCGCGGCUUCCCGCUGCUGCCGCUGAGCGUGCUGCACGGGGACCGCGGGCAGCUGCUGCAGCGCUACCAGGAGGCCAUGGAGCUCUUCGAGCCCGCCCUGGUCGUGUCGGACUCGCCCCUCGCCCAGGAGCUGGUAAAGCACAGGCCAGCUGUCGAGGUGCUGUCCCCAGCCGCGCUGCUCCCGAACGGCGCUGGCCUGGAAGGUGCGGGGGCUUACGGCGGGGACGUCGCUAACACGCUGGACAGCCCCCUGGCCUACAUCUUCACCAGCGGUUCCACGGGGAAGGCCAAGUGCGUGACAGCGACAAACCGCAUGGCGUGGGCCGAGGUGCAGUGGUAUCCCCAAGUCUUCAAGAAGCUGGGCGCCCGCAUAGAUCCGCGUACCGACAGGUGGCGGCAGGACCACGAGAUGGGCUGGUGGGGCGCAGCGUACUUCGGGGAGGUCGACGUCGCGCUGGCCAUGGAGGUCUGCAUCGUGAUGAUGAAAUCCAACGACACCGACGUCGCGAAGCGGGGAGUGACAAUCAUGGGGGCGCUGCCAUCUCAGCUGCAGAACCUCUGGCCUGGUGCAAACAACAUCCCCAAGACGCUGCGAGUCGUCUUCAGCUGGGCCGAACGCUGCGACGUUGACCUGGGCGAUGCCUGGAAACGAAAGGGCGUCAAGAUGGUCGACUUGCUGAUCGCCUCCGAGUUCUGGCUCUCGCUGGCAUCCUGCAACAUGGAGGCCGUUCGCGGUGAAGACGGGCGCGCGGCGCACGCCAUGAGGGCCCUGGACGGUCCGAAGGUGCUGGUUCUCGGCGAGGACCUCAAGCCUCUGGAGGCUCAGCCAGGUGGCGACGUGUCCGGACUGCUGGGCAUAGGCGGCGCGUCCGUCAGCCCUGGCUACGCCGAGCUUCUGGACGACGGAACCACUGCUGUCGGGGCUGGGCCCCUCAGCAAGGAUACAUUCAAGGUGGUGGACGGCGAGCUGGCCGUGGUGCCGAAGGACCUGGUGAAGAAGAGGGCGGACAACAGCUUCCUGUCCAUCGGCCGGGGAGGGGGGACGGUCAAGGUCAAGGGCGGCGUUCUGAUGGCCACGAACGUGGUUGAGCUGCAGUUGCAGCGCGGGUCCAUCGCGGCCGCGUGCAUCACCGACCCAGUGCACGUGGGCGAGGGGUCGAGCGUGGUGCUUCAGAUCAACUGGCAGGACGCCUGGAGCCUGAGGGACUGCUUCCAGCAGGUCAGCUUCCUGCGAAUGCCGACCCUCUUCACGCUGGAGAUGCCCCGCAACCAGAGCACCGGGAAGGUGCAGAAGGCCCUGGUGCAGGCCGCCCUGGACAGGGACCUCGAGGCGGAGGCGGCGGCCAAGGAGGAGCUGCGGCGGACGCAGCUGGCGCAGCUCGCCUGGUUCGCGCGCCUGUCGCUGCCCGCGCUGUUAUGCGCCGCCGCGCAGCCCUGCACCGCCUUGAGCCUGCGCCUGGCGCUCUGCGGCGACGCACGGCGCGCCGGCGGCUGCCUGCUGGGCUUCGUCGGCGAGGCCGCCCUGAGGCUGUCGCUGGUCGCCUGGGCCUACGGGGCGCUGGGGCACUCGGCCAACCUCGCGGUCGAGGGCCACCUCGGGGCCUGCACCGCCGGCAUCCCGCUCGUCCUGGCGACGGCCGCCGGAGCGGCGCUCCGGGGCGCGCCCCUCGGCCGACGGGCCGGCGUGGGCCUCGCUGGCGCGCUGGUGUCUUGCACGCUGUGGUCUGGCUGCGUGGAGGGCGCGACGAAGAAGCUGGAGUACGAGGAGAAGGGCCGGCUCGGCAGGCUGCAGCACGACUGCGGCCGGCUCCGCUUCGCCGUGGUCCUGGGCCUGGCCCCGCGGCUCCUGGGCACCCUGCCGCGGGGCGUGCUGGACCUCCUGCCCGCGGCGGUCGGGCUGCCGGGGACGGCCCUGGCCGUCUCCCCGAAGGCCGUUUGCUGCCUGCAGGGCGUGGCGCCGCUGUACAGCCUCGGGCUCUGCUGCAUCUUCGCGGCCAACCGCCGCCUUCCCGCGGCGCCGCGGCUCUCCAGCUGCUGCGGCCGCCUAGCACAGCGCCUCGCUUCGGCGGUCUGGAGCGCUCUGGAGGCGCCGGGCUACAUGCUGAGCUUCGUGCCGGUGUUCUACCUCUCCCUGCCGCACCUCGUCAUCGACACCUUCUACGACUUCGCCCAGGGGCAGCUCCAGCGGCCCGGACAGCCCGUGGCCCGCCAGCAGAGCGGUUGGCCUUACGCUGGCCCUCGCCAGCAGCUCAGGUGCAUCAAGGCGGACCAGCCUGGAGGCACCUGGGACAGCCCCAUCUGGUUCGACGUCACCGCUGGGAGCUGGCACGACGCGCAGGCUCCGCGCAGGGAGGCGGUGCAGGCGAAGACGCCCGCGGGGGAGCGGGCCCAGCAGCUCGCACGCCAGGCCGGGGUGGACUUCCACAGCGUAGACUCGCUCAAGAUCGCCAGGCUCUCCGUCCUGCUCAAGAGGGGCUUCCGCGCGAAGCCGGGCGAGGAGCCAGUGGAGUUCGCGGAGCUGAGGGAGGCCUGCGCCAGUGAGGAGCAGUUCUUGGAGCUGGUCGACGGCCGCAUGCUGGCGGUGGAGGAGGCGGAGCAGGCCUCCAGCGGUGCUGGCGCGGCGGGGCAGCUCUCACCGCUCUGCGGCGCCGUGUCCUGGGCGCGGGGCGGCUGCUCGAUCCACCGGGAGGGCCCAACGCCGGCGCCGUGGGACUGCCAGGUGGACAUGACGAUGGAGUGGCGCGGGAGCGGGCCCCUGGACCUGGGCCACCUCAGCGGAGCCCUGGGCGACAUGCUGCGGCAGCACGCGCUGCUGAGGGCGAGGCCGCCUCCGGACGACAAGACCGACGAGCUGCUGGGGACCCUGUCCACGCUCUCGGCCGCCUCCUGGGCGCUCGCCUGCGCGGCGUGGUCGGCGGAGGGCAGCUGGACGUGGAGUCUCUCGCGGGCGGCGCGCUGGAUGGUGACACAGUCCCUGUGGCGGUGCUGGCCGCGCACUCUUGUCGCAUGCCACGACGACUGCUCCAGGCUCGAGGUGAAGUCCUUCUCGAAGGACUCCAACGGGUGGGAAAGAAACGUCGCAGACGAGGUCCACCAGGUGCUGAGCGAGACGUGGGAGGAGUGGUGGAACCCGCAGUCCAUGGUCAAUGCGUGCGUCAUUACACUGAAGCGCGAUGGCGGCUCUAGGCACUUCCUCUACACCACCGUCUCCCACAAGUACGCCGACGGUGGCGCGGCCGCUUUCUUCGUCCGUGGAUUGUCCGAUGCAUACGAGGCUCGCCUGCGUGGCGCCGUUCGUGGCGGCAGCGACACCCCCGUGCUGAGGGUGCAGCAGGAGAGGCUCUGGGCGUAUCUGCAAGGCCAGCCCUGCCCGCGCGGCUCGGUCGACGCGUACUUCAAGGACGUCGACCACGAUUCUUUCAGCCACGGCUACGGCUACGGCCUUGGUGUGCAGCUGUCUCGCAACGUGUGCGACGUCGUGCGGGCGGCAGGAGCGCGCAUGGCGGCCAGCGAGGAGGUGGCCUGGCUGGCUUGCCUGGUCAUCGCCCUCUUCCGCUUGAUGCCAGACGAGCCGCUGGUCAAGGUGCUAAUGGUGCACAACGGCAGGCUUGGCGACGCCGAGGGCGUCAUCGCCUGCACAUCGCAGUACGUCGUGCUGUCCAUACCGUGCACGGGCGGUCGCAGCAGUGUACCGCUGGCCGACGUCGCGAGCCGGGUCAAGUGGGCAGUGGCCAACGGCAGGUUCAGCAGGCCUGCUCCGUGCGAGCAGACUCACGCCAAGAUCAACAUCGGCGGCAUGUUGGGUUCCGAGGGCGACUGGGCGCAGGUGUUCAAGACGUCGAGGCCCCGCAAGAAGGGCGGCCGCUCGAGGGCGCAGCACGUGCUGCAGCUUCGCAUGGACAACGAGGGCGACGCGUGGUGCAUCAAGGACUUCAAGCUGCACCAGCACUGGGAGCCCAAGGUCUUCUGGGAGGCAACGAUCUGCGCAGCGGUGGAGAUUGCCGAGGGGUGGUUCGUUGACCCGAUGGCCUGGGGGGAGGCCAGCGCGCAGUAGCGGGCUGUCGAUCGCAGCGCUACCUUCAGGAGGCCAGAGAGCACAGUCGGGCAACGUUGACUGCAAAUCGAAGUUUGUGGAGCACACGUGCCGUAAUUGAGGGCAUGGAAGUGAUAUGACGAUUUACUCUAUUCGGUCUACACGCGCACAAACCAUGAUGCAGUUUCUCUACUCCGAUUACUCUCGAUGAAGAAGAAUUUGAAGGUCGUGCGCAUUCUCUGCUCGCUGCUCUGCGUGGGCAUGCCGUGGUCGGCGCUUCGGGGGAGUGCGCGAUCUCGGCCAGGCCUGGGCCCCCCGAGGGGGCGGAGAGCCCCGGUGGCCGACCCGCCUCGGCGCCCACGAGAGAACGCCGCCGGCGCCGAGCACGCCCGCCUCCCGCCGCAGACCGUGCUCCUCCGCCCUCCUGGGCCCGACGCACC